UUGACAAGUGGAUCCAAGAUGGCGUAGAAAGUAAUGACAGGAAUUGGAUGAAGUAAUUGAUCACUAAAGAACUACAGUGCUGAUGAGAUGUGUAAGAAAUUAUAAAGAGCUCUGAUGGGCUAUUUGGGUGAUACCCAGUGCAGUGAACUGCAGAGAGUGAGCGAGCAGGGGAGAGGGAAAGAGAGAAAGAGAGAGAGAAUCCCCGCAGACUCCAUGCUCAGAAUUCCUGUUCUGCCUCAGACUUUGUGUUUUGGGCAAACCCCUGAAGUCUUCUUAGUUUGUGAGAUGGAGAUAAAUAAUAUCAGCUUUGUAAAAUGCCUUGAGACAAGGAUUUUUGUCCCUGAGUCAUGGAAGACAGAAGAGCUGAGAAGUCAUGUGAACAAGCGUGCGAAUCACUUAAGAGGCAGGACUAUGAAAUGACCCUCAAGCACUGCACAGAGGCCCUCCUUUCUCUUGGCCAGUACUCCAUGGCCGACUUCACAGGGCCAUGUCCACUGGAGAUAGAAAGCAUCAAAAUUGAGAGUCUUCUUUACAGAAUCGCCUCGUUUUUGCAACUGAAAAACUAUGGGCAAGCUGAUGAAGAUUGUAGGCAUGUGCUGGGGGAAGGCCUGGCCACGGGAGAUGGUGCCUUCCAGGCAGUGCUUUGCUGCAUGCAGCUGAAAGGAAAGCUCCAGCCUGUAUCCAACAUUCUUGCCAAGUCGCUGACAGGAGAGUCCCUGAAUGGGAUGGUAACAAAAGAUUUGACAAGACUGAAAACACUUCUCACAGAAACAGAGACAGCAACUAGUAACGUCCUGUCUGGAUAUCACGUGGAAGGCUUGGAAGGGGGAUCUUGUAAUGGUUGGCAUUUCCGCCCACCACCUAGGGGAAUCACAAGCAGCGAGGAAUAUACUUUGUGUAAAAGAUUUUUAGAACAAGGCAUCUGUAGGUACGGUGCCCAGUGUACUUCAGCGCACUCCCAGGAAGAACUAGCGGAAUGGCAGAAACGAUACGCCUCGCGGCUGAUAAAAUUGAAACAGCAAAACGAGAAUAAACAGCUCUCAGGCAGUUACAUGGAGACCUUGAUAGAAAAGUGGAUGAAUUCAUUAUCUCCUGAGAAAGUGCUUAGCGAAUGUAUAGAGGGAGUAAAAGUUGAGCAUAAUCCUGAUCUGUCGGUUACUGUCAACACCAAAAAGUCUCACCAGACAUGGACCUUUGCUCUUACUUGUAAGCCUGCAAGAAUGCUGUGUCGGGUAGCGUUGCUCUAUGAUGCACAUCGUCCUCAUUUUAGUAUCAUUGCAAUAUCUGCCGGAGAUAGUACUACGCAGGUAUCGCAGGAAGUCCCAGAGAACUGUCAAGAAUGGAUAGGAGGGAAGAUGGCCCAAAAUGGAUUAGAUCAUUACGUGUAUAAAGUCGGGAUAGCAUUUAACACAGAAAUCUUUGGAACUUUUCGCCAAACCAUAGUUUUCGACUUUGGAUUGGAACCGGUACUCAUGCAAAGAGUAAUGAUUGAUGCGGCUUCUACAGAAGAUCUUGAAUACCUGAUGCAUGCAAAACAACAGCUAGUAACCACAGCUAAGCGUUGGGAUUCUUCUUCUAAGACUAUUAUAGAUUUUGAACCUAAUGAAACUACUGAUUUGGAGAAGAGCCUUCUUAUCAGAUACCAAAUUCCUCUCUCUGCUGACCAGCUGUUUACCCAGUCGGUUUUAGACAAAUCAUUGACCAAGACCAACUAUCAGUCACGGCUGCAUGACCUUCUUUAUAUUGAGGAGAUAGCCCAGUAUAAAGAAGUCAGCAAGUUCAACCUUAAAGUGCAAUUGCAGAUUCUAGCAAGCUUCAUGCUCACGGGAGUUUCUGGAGGCGCAAAGUAUGCUCAGAAUGGACAACUUUUUGGUCGCUUUAAGCUUACUGAAACACUUUCUGAAGAUACUUUGGCUGGACGGCUGGUGAUGACCAAAGUCAAUGCUGUUUAUUUAUUACCAGUCCCUAAAGAGAAGUUAGUACAGACCCAGGGAACCAAAGAGAAGGUUUAUGAAGCUACUAUUGAAGAGAAAACAAAAGAAUAUAUAUUUUUAAGGAUAUCCAGGGAAUGCUGUGAAGAACUUAAUCUUCGGCCUGAUUAUGACACACAGGUUGAACUUCAGUUUCAAUUAAAUCGAUUACCCCUCUGUGAAAUGCAUUAUGCGCUAGACAGGAUCAAGGACAAUGGGGUUUUGUUUCCAGACAUCACUAUGACUCCAACCAUACCUUGGAGUCCCAACAGACAGUGGGACGAACAGUUGGAUCCUCGGCUGAAUGCAAAACAGAAAGAGGCUGUUCUGGCCAUCACAACUCCUCUUUCAAUCCAGCUGCCUCCCGUCCUCAUCAUCGGACCCUAUGGGACAGGCAAAACGUUCACUCUAGCUCAGGCCGUCAAGCACAUACUCCAGCAGCAGGAGACGAGCAGGAUUCUCAUUUGCACCCAUUCUAAUAGUGCUGCUGAUCUCUACAUAAAGGAUUAUUUACAUCCAUAUGUAGAAGCAGGCAAUCCCCAGGCAAGACCUCUCAGGGUAUAUUUCAGAAAUCGCUGGGUUAAGACUGUCCACCCAGUUGUGCAUCAGUACUGUUUGAUCUCAAGCGCACAUUCCACCUUUCAGAUGCCACAGAAAGAAGAUAUUCUUAAACACCGAGUGGUGGUUGUUACAUUGAAUACUUCCCAGUACCUCUGUCAGUUGGACCUUGAACCUGGGUUUUUUACACACAUUCUGUUAGAUGAAGCUGCCCAGGCCAUGGAGUGUGAAACCAUUAUGCCUCUAGCGUUAGCAGCUAAAAAUACGCGGAUUGUCUUGGCUGGUGACCACAUGCAGCUCAGUCCUUUUGUUUACAGCGAGUUUGCCAGGGAGAGAAACCUUCAUGUGUCAUUACUUGAUCGACUCUAUGAGCAUUACCCUGCCGAGUUUCCGUGUAGGAUCCUCCUGUGUGAGAAUUACCGCUCCCAUGAAGCUAUCAUCAAUUACACCUCUGAGCUCUUCUAUGAGGGCAAACUGAUGGCCAGUGGAAAGCAACCAGCACACAAGGAUUUCUACCCACUAACUUUCUUUACAGCACGAGGGGAAGAUGUACAAGAAAAAAAUAGCACAGCUUUUUAUAAUAAUGCAGAGGUCUUCGAAGUGGUGGAACGUGUGGAAGAGUUGAGACGGAAGUGGCCGGUAGCAUGGGGGAAGUUGGAUGAUGGCAGUAUUGGCGUGGUGACUCCGUACGCUGAUCAAGUGUUUAGGAUACGUGCUGAACUUCGGAAAAAGAGAUUAUCUGAUGUUAAUGUAGAAAGGGUGCUAAAUGUUCAAGGAAAGCAGUUCAGAGUUUUGUUUCUUAGCACAGUACGUACAAGGCAUACUUGUAAACACAAACAGACACCAAUUAAAAAGAAAGAGCAACUGCUGGAAGAUUCCACAGAGGAUUUAGAUUAUGGUUUUUUAUCUAACUACAAGCUUCUCAAUACUGCCAUCACAAGAGCACAAUCUCUGGUUGCUGUGGUGGGUGAUCCCAUCGCCCUGUGCUCUAUCGGAAGAUGCAGGAAAUUUUGGGAGCGGUUUAUUGCCCUGUGUCAUGAAAAUAAUAGCCUGCACGGAAUCACUUUUGAACAGAUCAAAGCUCAGCUAGAGGCUCUAGAACUCAAGAAGACGUAUGUGUUGAAUCCACUGGCACCUGAAUUUAUCCCCCGGGCUCUAAGACUGCAGCAUUCAGGAAAUACCAACAAACUGCAGCAGUCACCCCCCAAGGGGAAAAGCCUCCAUCAUACCCAGAAUGAUCAUUUCCAGAAUGAUGGAAUUGUUCAGCCCAAUCCUUCUGUACUUAUUGGCAAUCCUAUUAGAGCAUAUACUCCUCCACCCCCCCUUGGACCUCACCCAAAUUUGGGGAAAUCUCCAAGCCCUGUUCAAAGAAUAGAUCCUCACACUGGGACAAGUAUUCUUUAUGUACCUGCUGUCUAUGGAGGGAAUGUAGUUAUGUCGGUGCCUUUACCUGUACCAUGGACAGGGUACCAGGGCAGGUUCGCAGUCGAUCCUCGGAUCCUUACACACCAAGCAGCGAUGGCCUACAACAUGAACCUCUUACAGACACACGGACGGGGGUCUCCCCUACCGUAUGGCCUUGGGCACCACCCACCCGUCAGCAUAGGGCAGCCACAAAGCCAGCAUCAGGAGAAGGAUCAACAUGAGCCAAGUCGAAAUGGUAAAAGUGAUACAAAUAAUCCUGGACCUGAAAUUAGUAAGAUUCGAACACCAGAGAAAAAGCCUAUGGAAUCCAAACAGAUUGAUUUGGAAUCAAAUCCACAGAACAGAAGUCCUGAGUCGCGUCCUGGUGUUGUUUAUCCCAAUACCAAAUUUCAUCGCAAAGAUAAUCUCAACCCGAGGCAUAUAAAUCUUCCUCUCCCUGCUCCCCACGCACAGUAUGCAAUCCCCAAUCGUCAUUUUCAUCCCCUUCCCCAGCUACCAAGACCACCAUUUCCAAUUCCGCAGCAGCACGCCUUGUUAAAUCAGCAGCAGAAUAAUUUGCCUGAACAACCAAAUCAGUUGCCGCCCCAACCAAACCAGGUAGUCCCGCCACAGAAUCCGUUGAAUCAGCUGACUCAGCAGCCACCUCCUCAACUUUCCCCUGCCUAUCAGGCAGGGCCCAACAGCGCUUUCUUUAAUAGUGCGGUCUCUCACCGGCCCCAGUCCCCUCCUGCAGAGGCUGUGAUUCCUGAGCAGCAGCCCCCUCCCAUGCUGCAGGAAGGCCACAGCCCUCUCCGGGCCAUCGCACAGCCCGGCCCCCUCCUUCCUUCCCAUCUGAAUAACUUCACUGAUGAGACUCCCCCGGGAUUGCCAAUCGGGGAGGCUUUAGAUCGUAUGCAUGGGAGUGUAGCUCUGGAAACACUGAGGCAGCAGCAGGUGCGGCUCCAGCAGUGGAAUGAGCAUCACGCCUAUCUGAGUCAGGGCAGUAUUCCGUACCCUCACCACCAUCCUCAUCCUCACCUCCAGCAUCUUCCUCAGCCGCCAGUGAGAGCAGACUGGAAGCUCCCCAGCAGCGCGGAGGACGAAGCGGAAACCGCAGACUCCAGGUUUCAAGACUUAAUCAGAGAACUGUCUAAUCGUGAUCAAAGUGAAACACGGGAACUGGCUGAAAUGCCACCACCUCAAUCAAGACUUUUGCAAUAUAGACAAGUUCAGAGCAGGAGCCCGCCAGCAGCCCCGCCUCCCCCGUCCAGCACGGACCACAGUGGCCACUUUUCUAACUUUAAUGACAGUAGCAGAGACAUCGAAGUAGCCAACAACCCAGCAUUUCCGCAGCGCCUGCCGCCCCAGCUCUUCAGCUCACCGUUCUCAUUGCCAUCCGAACACCUUGCCCCUCCUCCCUUGAAAUACCUGGCGCCUGACGGAGCGUGGACUUUUGCUAACUUACAACAGAGUCACCUAAUGGGGCCGGGUUUUCCCUACGGCCUACCUCCCUUGCCUCACAGACCACCGCAGAACCCUUUUGUACAAAUACAGAAUCAUCAACACGCUAUUGGUCAAGAGCCAUUUCACCCACUGUCAUCUCGAACAGUAUCUUCUUCUUCGCUCCCUAGCUUAGAAGAGUAUGAACCCAGAGGACCUGGUCGGCCCUUGUACCAAAGAAGAAUCUCAUCUAGCUCAGUCCAGCCUUGUUCUGAAGAAGUAAGCACUCCUCAAGACAGUCUUGCUCAGUAUAAAGAGCUUCAGGACCAUAGUAGCCAAUCUUCUUUCAACUUUUCAUCCCCGGAGUCCUGGGUAAACACCACCUCAUCUACCCCCUAUCAGAACAUUCCGUGUAAUGGACCCAGCAGGACAGCUCAACCCAGAGAGUUGAUAGUUCCACCACCCAAGACCGUCAAACCCCCUGAGGAUCAGCUGAAGUCCGAGAGCCUCGAGGUGUCCAGUUCCUUCAACUAUAAUGUGCUGCAGCAUCUCGGCCAGUUCCCCCCACUCAUGCCCAACAAGCAGAUCGCGGAGUCGGCCAGCAGCAGUAGCCAGCAGAGCUCGGGGGGCAGCAAGCCCGCCAUGUCCUACGCCAGCGCUUUGCGGGCCCCUCCCAAGCCCAGGCCCCAGCCUGAGCAGGCCAAGAAGAGUAGCGACCCUCUGUCUCUGUUCCAGGAACUCAGCCUGGGGAGCUCAUCAGGCAGCAAUGGCUUUUACUCCUAUUUUAAAUAAUCACUUUUUUUUCCCCCUCCAGGGCGAAUGUUUUGAUUUCUGUUUAUAUCAAUAGAAUUAAGAUAGUUGGACUUCCUCUAUAGAUGCACAGUUCCCUUUGUUUUAAUAUUAAAUAUGUUCUCACUUAAUUGCUUUGCUGCUAGACUUGCAACUAAUUUUUUAAAAGUAUAUUCCAUUAUUUUGCAUUUUUGACGUGUCUUUUGACAGCUUUUAUGUAGAAUAAAAAAUAUUUUUAAAUUUGUGUAUUGUUACAUAUGUUUGCAUCAAGCUAGCAGCUAAGAGUUAAUUGUGCAACUAUAAAAAAAAAAAGAAAAAAAAACUUUGUCUAAAAUGUAUUUAAAAAGAAAAAAAAUUGUAAGUAGCAUUUACAUUUAUUCAAUAAUAUUACCAUAUGCUGGGUUUCUGUACCAGAAAUGGCCAGUUGAUGUACAAAUGUAUGUUAUUUUUGCUUAAAUUCAUUUAAAAUUUUUUAAAAUAAAGGGGCAGCAUCUUCUAAAUACUUUAAGUUUUAUCAGUUUUUUUUUUUUUUUUGUGACAAGAUGCUGCAUUCUAAAACUUUUAUAGUUUUAGACUCUGUAUGAUGUGCUGUUGUAAUCUCCAUCCACUGUAGGAUAGAGUUAAAGGCAUUCUUUGCAAAUGUAUCUUGUAUGCCACUGUUUUUUGUAACAUGAAAAAACAUUGGCAUAGUUAGUUAUUUUUUGGACAAGCUGUACUUCAAGCUUGUUUUUAACGUUAAUUUGAUAGUGUGUGUGUGUGUGUGUGUGUGUGUGUGUUUUUUUUUUUAAACAAAUCAUGAAGCUGAAAAAUUUUUAGGAUUGUUGGUGCUUAGUAGACUUGAUAACUAUUUUAAAAAUGCGUGAAUUUAGUAAAAUCCUUUUUUUCUCACUAUGCAUGUGUAAAUGUUUGUAAUCUGGCUUUCUCCCCCCCCUCCCCCAGUGGUAUAAAGAAUUGUGCCGCUUUAAGGUUUGUUUUUUUCUUUCCCCCCUCCAGUAAAAAUUUUGGUACCUUAUUUGAUGUUUACAUUAAAAUGUGACAUUAUUCAUGGCAAUUCAAAUAUUUUCUAACUGUUUUGUUUGAGGAACAUCAUUAAAAAGAAAUCUGAUAUUUGUCCAACAUGUAUCAAAAUUCAUCGAAAUCUGGGGCAAAAAACUACCCUUGUUUUUCAUGUCUUUCGAUUCUUAUAAUCCCACUGAACUUGUAUAAAAACAUAAAAUUUAACUAGCCAUCUUAAAUAUUCUACAGUCUAAAAAUUGUUUUCAGUGAACUUGGGUAAAAUCCAAAGCAAAACAUUUACCCUCUUAAAACUUGUGGUCUUCUAACAACCCUUGAAAACAAUGCAUGUCCUUCUUGUUUUCCUGAUUGGGUAGUCCUACUUUUUAUACUUCAGAGAAAUCUUGAAACUACAACAUAACUUUUUUGUUGUUGUUCUUUUUGUUUUGUUUGGUUUUGGUUUCGUUUUUAAAUAACGUAAGGUUCAGAAACAUUGCUGAUGAACCAGUGAAUCCUGAUGAUCCAUUCAAAAAUAGUUUUUUUGGAGGACUACUUUUGAAUAGGCCAUCCUGUAUUCACAGUACAAUUUUUGAAAUGGGGUUGAAAAGUGGUGGCAGGGUUAAAGAAAACUCCUCACAUCUCCUCUAUGACUGGAGUUUUAUUGGUGUUGGCCAGCUCCAACUCCCUGUAAUCCUUAGACAAUUUAGGAGAAGAGAACGCCUUUAGUUAAGGGUUAGUGAGCCUGCAGGAAAAGGAGAACACCUGUUUCCUUCAGCUCUUUCUGCUCCGAGUGGGUGCACAUCAUUUGUCUGCGGCUUCCGUUUAUGGGCUGUGAGUCUCCAUGUGAGGCAGUGGAUGGAGACCUGUGGACUGUAGACGUGUUAAUGGUUAGUAUAAAUCACAGUUGGAAAACAGAGCCAGCAACUUACAGCACCACGUUUUCUCUGGCUGAUGUCAGACCGCCACCUUUAACCGUGUCACAUUUUGCUCAACGGAACUUUAGUCACAAGAAGUUUUUGUAUUUCGACUCAGUGACGAAAGGCAAGAUAGAGCCCAAAUUAAAAUCAGAUCUUCCUGACGGGAGGAUGUCUCUGAACAAUAAUUUUUUCAUCCGUGAUUCUCCCCCACAAUGCAAGUCAGAUAAAUGUGUCAGAGCACUUUGAUAAUUACGAAGACAGAACUGGCAUGUCAGGGCUUUGAGUUAAUCCCUUGUCAUGGAGUCAUUGCUGAAUUUUCUGUUUUCCAUACUUGAACCUUUAAAAAAUAUCAGUUUUAACUUAUUUGUAUUUAUAUUUAAAGAGGUCAGGUGCACACCCCACCACUUUAUAUACAUAUACUGAUGUUGGAAGCUUGGGAUAAGGAAGCUGCUGAGUUGUCGUGACACCCCUGUUCUAAGAAGUUACUUCCAAAAAACUAAAAACAAUAGCUACUUAUUAGUUCCUUGCUCUGCUGUGUCCCAGUGUUCCUCCUUUCCUGAUAGUUCUUGACAACCGGUCAAGUAUUUGGAUAUUGUUUCCAUCUACUGCCCUCGUAGAUUCAGUUUUGAAUGUGUCUUCUAACACAUUUACUCUUCCUCAGUGUUACUUACUGCCAUCUCUCCAGCUGAGCUUUGAAUCUGUCAUUUACACGCCAUCUCUCCAGCUGAGCUUUGAAUCUGUCAUUUACACGCGAGUAAAGUGUUGCAAUGGUCCUGAUUGAGUCUUACCUGGGGAAUCCUUGUAAGUUUCUGUAGAAACGAGGCGUGGCUCAUGCUGCCUGGGUAGUAGUUAGCAAAUGCACACAAAGCAGACUGAGAAAAGAGCUUAAGUGCUAGUUUCAUCCUUAGUGUUCAGACGGAACUUUUUUUUUUUUUUUUUUUUUUUGAAGAAACCCUGAUGUUAGCUCUUGGAUGAUACCAAGUAUUACCAGCUUCCUUUUCUUCUAGUUCUGAUUUCUUUUAAGUGAAGUUAAUUGUUCACAUGAUGUCUUUCUACUUCUUUGUUCUUUGUAUCACUCUGAGGUGUUUCCUUUUUCUUGCCAGAACUUUUUUUUUUUUUUAAUUCAUCUUGCUUUUUCAUUUCAGUGCUGCUUGAGAUUUUCUUUUCUUUUCUUUUUUUUUUUUACCUUAAAGAAAUUCUUUUGGCUGAUAGAAUUUGUAGAGUGUCUGUGCUGAAGUUUUUUUUUUUUUUCCUUUCCUGAUCUAACGAUGAUUUUAUUUAAGAUUUGAAAAACCUCAUGAUUCAGUGUAAUGUGGAUAUUUUCUGGUGUUGCUUUUAAAAGGGGCUUUGGUUGACAUUUUGGUACAUGCUUUGCCCAACUGUUAUAGCAGAGCUUUGUUUGUGAUUAAUCAGUAGUUAAUUAUUGACCAUUUAAACUAACAUGACCUUAAUGUUCCUUUCCUCAGACAGAUACGCUUUCUAUCCAGGUCAUUUUGUAUAUGCGAAAUAACAAACUGCUUUGUGUGGUUUUUUUCAUGAGAGAUCCUAGAAUAAGUUCAGGUUGAGUGUAAACAUCAAUUGGUCUUUUCAGUUCAAAGAAUUGCAGAAUAAGUAAAACACGCAGAAUUCCCACUGAAUAAGCAUUAUCUGAUUCAACAUAGCAAUCUCCAAGACCUAUUUGUAAAAAAUAGUUUCCUUGUUGAUGGAGGCAUUGAAAUUGCUGAGAAAGCUAACUGAAUUUCCUCGCUUUGAGAUAGGUAACAUGUAGUAGUAGUAUCUUGUUCUAGUGUAGUUACUUUACGUGUUUAAUAUUUUUCAUGUAUAUACAUCUCGAGAGCAACGAAACUAUAAGCAUAUAAGAAUGUAUCUCUAGCUACUUUGGCUAGAGAGAGCCACCCAUGCCUGAGAUCCAGGGUGUGAACAAACAAUUUCAAGAUAAAGAGAAAAUUAGAUUGACUGAACUAGUUGUUUAAAAAGACACCUGUUAUACUUGGAUAACGUUUCAUAUUGGAGUUGUCCUUAAAAAGGUAAUCCCAGAAAAAGUUUAAGAAUACAUGAUUGAAACCUUAAAUAUAUUGAUAGAUACAGAUUGCUGCCUUAAAGUGUUGUUUAGGCUACCAUCCACUUCUUGCUUUCUUCUAGCCCCACAAAGGUAGUGAUUUGUCCUUUAUGAUUUACCAUGAUUUAUAAUUAUUUCUUGUGAGCCAUCCCCCUAACAUACGAAAACCCUUAAUUUCUACCACCGCCAUAUGUGUCUUCCUAAAUCUCAAAGUAAAUGUGUUAAUAGAUCUGAUUUUUCUCUCCCUUCUUUGCCACAAUCGUUAGAAAUAAUGGAUAAUGUUCUACAAUUUCUUGUUCAGAAUAUCACAUGGUGAUGUCGUCUUUUUAUAAAGAUACGGGCCGCCAUGAAAGAGUAAGUGACAUGCUCGUCUUCAAAGUGCUCAUUAUAUUAGGCGUCUCGAAUUUCCCUUCUACUUGAAGUUGGAUAUUUAUUUGCUGAGAUUUUAUUGUAAAGCUGCUAACUUCACACUUACUACUUUCAUACAUCUGCUUAAUUAGCAAUUUCAAGACCAUUGUUAAAAGGAGUGAAUCUUACUAACGUUAAACAUUCUUCUAAGACACAUUCAGCAAAUGUUACUACUUUAAACUAGAAUACCAGACAUUAAAAAGGAGACAUUUUUAGUGUAACAUUUAAAAUUUUAGAAAUGAUGGGAAAUAUCUACUUUGGAAUAAACUUUCAGGAAACAGUCACAGGAGUUUCUUAAAUUUUUUUGAAGGGAGGUACCUGAUAGAAGAAUCUAGACUUAGUAAUGUGAGCUGUGGUUAAAUCCCAAACCCAGUUAUACAGUAGUCUAAAGCUUCUAAAACUGAAGCAUGAAGAAAACCCAGAGACAUUCAUAUACGUAUAGUUUCAGUAAUCAGAGUAUUAGACCAGACUUUAUUUGCAAUUUGUUCAACAGAGAGAUUUUAUUUUGAUACAAAUAUUAAGCAUAAAGCAUAGUAAGUUUUAUAUAAUUCUAUGAGUUCAUUAAACAAUAUUAUGGAAUUUUCAUUAUGUUCUUGGGGUGUCUUUUUAGCUAUUUCUACACCUCAUAUAGGAGGCCUCUUCUGUAUUUUAUUUUGCAUACUAGCAUGUGACUGCCUGCCUUAGAACUAUGUCUAGGAGGGGAAAUCAAUAUUACUUUUUAAAAAAAUGGGGUUUUUGAAAUGAAUUUUUUCAUUACUACUUUUUUUGAUGUUUGAGAAGUAAAAGGGGGUAGCAAGUUACAUAGUUUCAACACAGAAGUCACCCAAUAGCAUCUGUUUAAAUAUCUAUCCUAUUUUAAGAUUUUAGAAGUUUGAGCAGGGGAGAGCAGUGAUUCUCAAACUUCAGCCGGCAUCAGAAUUACCUGGAGGUCUUGCUGGAAUCCAGAUCGCUGGACCCCACCCCAGAGCUUCUGAUCCCAGGCUGAAGCCUGAUCAUUUGCAUUUUCAACAAAUCUUCAGGCAAUGCUGCUGGUCCAAGAACCACAUAGUUUGAGAGUCGCUGGUCUAGAGAAAGCCCGAAGGUCUUUCCAACCAUGCGUUUCUUUCCUCGACGUAAACAACCGAUCACUUGAGACAUUUUAAUAAUUCUGAUGCCGUGAGUGGAACAUUCAUGGAGAAAGAUUUCUAAGGAGAGAGGAGAGCCUCUGGAGUGGCUGUCACCACCUCCCCCCCCCCCCCCCCACCACUGCCGACCCCGCUGAAGGUCUGUGCAUACUUGUCCACGUCAGGGUGCAGGCCCUCAUUCAUUUCUGGGGCGAGUUUGGUCUUGUGCACCCUGCAGCCUGGGCUUUGUUCUAGAAGCUGUGCAUUUGUUUGGUGUGCUUAGACUUGUUCUUGAUCGUACAUGUGGAGAUGAGAAUUGUAAAAGGAAGCCAUCAGAACGUCACAAGAAGCACCGAGUACAGGAGGCCCUGUCUUAGGAUGGCAGUGACAUGGAGCAUGGGAAGCAAUAGAUAAUCCCCAAAUAAUAGGUUCGUAGUUUUUAUGGCUUUUUUGGUUGGGGGCGGGGGGAUGAAGGUAAAGGGUUUGCGUUUCAAAUUAUGUGUUUCUCAGGUUAACAAAGUUAUUUUGGAUUCUCUGCCAUGCCGGCAGGUGUUAGGGGAGCCUGAAGUGUUGUAUAUGGCAGAAAAUUGAUGAUUGUUUCUGAUUACUUUGCUACUUAAAAAAAAAAAAUCCAUAUAUGUUUGCAAAAACAGUCUAGGGGAAUCUACCAGCUACACAGCAUGAGUUAGUCAUAAACCAUAGGUGCACAUGUAUGAACAAGUUUUUUUGAGAAAGAAACUGUCUAUGAUACAAUAAAUCUGACAAGUCUUUCUAAAAUUCAUAUAUUACUGUCGUUGUUGUUAAUAUUCCCCCUGGACUGCAGCUUGAGGGGUAUCGGGCUCUGCCUCUGGUUUUUAGUUUGGCUUUGAAUUAACUGAGAUACUAGAAAGAGAAAAGAUAUUUUAAGGCAAUUAUAGAAUGGCUUAGACGUAGAAGCGCACAUGAUAAGCUUCCCAGAGCGCACAGCUUUGGAAUUCUUCAAACACAGCACUUCCUCCUUGAAAGGCUCGAUUACCUUCAGUGGGGAUUGUUUCUACGUUCAGCACAGGUUACUCUGUCCAUUUCCAACUCACAGGGAGCUUCGGUUUAUUUACAUUUUGCUUUGCACGAUGCCUUGUCUACAAAGACCUCUUUCUGUCUUUCAGUAGGUCAGAGGGCUCUUGUGUCCAGGUUGAAGUCCCAACGUGUGGGCUCCACCUGAACAUGUUUCUCAGUCUCCCCCCCCCCCCCCGCCACCAUAUGGAGGAAGGUCUUGGAUUUCCAUAUAUCCAGACCAUGCCUGCUUCCUGUCAAUCCAUGUAUAUGACAUUGUACUGUAUUCGCUUUCUGUGCCAGUCAUCUGACCUGAUUCUUUGGAACCCAUGAAGGUACUGGUUAUAUGUAGUAGUUGUAUCCUAGGUAAAGAUGGUGAUUAAAAUACCUCUCCUCUAAAUUAUAAAGGUAAUGGGUUUUGCAUUUUAUUAAAUGGGUCCUGUUAUUAGUGACAGGUGGGUUUUUUUUUUUUUUUUAAUGCUUCAAAAAUACAGUUCUUGUUCAGCUAACUUCAUACAAUCAAUUACUUAGCAAAUUCAUACCGGGUCUUACUUUGUCAGGUCUUCCAGAAGGGAGGCUAGAUAUGAGAUGGUCUGUUUCCACCUCUUCCAAGGACCAGUUGUGCAACUGUCGAAUAAUCAUAAUUUCUGGAAAAAUUAUAACAAUUAUUUUUUUUUCUUCGCAGUUAACAAUACCUCACAUCUGAGAGGUUCUAAUACCUAAAGAGUUUAUCCUUAAAAGUAAAAAUGACUUUGUACCAUAAAAUAACCCCAAACCCACUCUCUAGGGUCUUUACUUUCUUCUUCUUCUUUCUUCUUUUUUUUUUUUUCCCAAUCGUUUUCUUUUCUAACCAGGUUUUGGAAUUACUUUAGCUACUUUGGUUCCUUAGAACAAGUUUUCCAUUUGGGGGCGGGGUGGGGGGGGGGCUACAGUUCUUACAUUGUGAUCAUUGUCUCAGUGAAGUUCUUUUGUCUUAAAAGAUUCAUGGUAACAAAAUGUAUUUUACUGCUACAACUAAAAUGUAUUUAUAAUAAAAUGCCUUUUUAAUAA